AUGUUUACCCAACCCACGGUCUCAAGGAGGCCCACAUCCACGGGGCCUGGAAACCUUGUCGUCUCCCCCGUGACUGCGGCCCCCGCGUCCUCGACACCGCCCACCAGAGGUAGCCGCCUGCGAGGCUUGACAUAUCUCCGCAAUUACACCCAAACCCACAUCUUGUCCCGCGAACACAGCGCCCACAACAAUACCCACGCGCCUGCCGUUUCGAACCCACAACCCGCAACAUCAGCACCGUCACCACCGACCAUCUCAACAAAUCCUUGGUUCACUUCCGGGUUCACUUCCGCACGCCACGAUCACUCCACCACCACUCCCGCGCUAGACAACAACGACAGCAGCAACAUCAACAACGAUAACAAUAAUAACUAUAACCCCACCUCAUCGUCGACUCGCACCAACCGCUUCUCGCACCUCGUGCCUACUCUCGGACAGCCGCUUCGGCGAUCCCCUGACUCGUCGAAUGAGAGGGGCCCGUCCGGACCAGCAACAGGAAUCUCGUCUGAACUACGGGCAGCCGACGCCCCUCCCAUCCCUUUCCCCUCUUCCAAAAACGGUUCUAGAAUUGCCGACGGGAACCGCCAGACGACCGGCGAGAUGACACGAGCGCGCUCUGCGACCACCGGCGAUGCCCUCACCCGACACGACGGGGGCGGCGGUCUCGAUACUCUGCCCUCCAUUCGGUUCAGCACUUUCGUCGAUCCCCGCGCUACGCGGCCAUCGCUCAAGUUUGGUCCUAUCUCGCGCACCCUCCCAAGUGGCAGAGAAGUCAUCCGUGUUGGCAGGUAUUCGGAGAGGGAUAGCCAGCCCAAUAUCCCGGUAAAUGCUCCCUCAGCAGCCCCCGUAGGCUUCAAGAGCAAGGUGGUCAGCCGACGCCACUGCGAGUUUUGGUACGAAGAGGGGAAAUGGUAUAUCAAAGAUGUCAAGAGUAGCUCAGGCACUUUCCUCAACCACAUCCGACUAAGCCCUCCUGGCACCGAAUCCAAACCGUACCCCGUGAACGACGGUGAUAUUGUCCAGCUGGGAAUCGACUUCAAAGGGGGCGAGGAGAUGAUCUUCCGAUGCGUCAAGAUGCGACUGGAGCUAAACCGCGGUUGGCAGAACAAGCUAAAUACUUUCAACAUAGCGCCGUGUCAGUGUCUCUUCGUCGCACCUUGCUCUCACACUUGGCACUAUAAAUGCAUCCGCUCUCUGCUCUCGUCGCCGUCCUUCCCCAUCUUUAUCUGCCCUAACUGCCGCGCCGCCGCCGAUCUCGAGGCUGAAGUGGAGGACCCAGAAGAGUGGGAGCAGCUCUCUGACGAAGGCGCCGUAGCGCCGCAGGGAGCGCUAUUGCAACCUCCUUUGGUCGACCCCAACAGUCAGAACAGCAACUCUCCUUCCGCGCCCCGUAAAUCUCGAGAAUCGGUACGCAGCACCCGUCUCUUCGCCGCUCAGCAGCAGCAGCAAUUACAACCGGCCGAAGACUCCAACAUGGACCUGCUCAUGAGUUCCUCGCCUCCCCGGCAAGAAUCGCCACCACAGCUUGACGGCGCUGUUACCCUCGCAGACCCUAACCUUCUGUCACACACUCUGUCAACCCCGAUGCCCAUCCCCUCCCCCGCCCAACGCACUCUACCCAACGGCCGCCGCGAGACGAGGACACCAUCGCCCACGGGUGCGCCCGUAGCUAAUGGCCACGAAGGGCCAAUCACGCCGCGGAACGACGCCGGGCCCUGGGUGUUUGACGGCAGUGGCGUGAGGCUGAGCUCGGAGAGCGCCCGCCCUGCGGGAGCUGCACUGAGUCAAGGCGGCGAGGUUCCUGCCUCAAGUAUCGAGGCUGCCGUACAAGCUGCCGGGGCACGCCUAGUGAGGGAAAAUGACGAUCCAUAA